GCGGGGGGCGCCGCUAAAGAGCCCGGGGCGGCGGCGGCGGCGGCGGCGGGAGAGCGGAGCGCAGCGUCGGGGAGCCCAGGCCCGCAGCCAUGGCGGUGGAAGGAGGAAUGAAGUGUGUCAAGUUCCUGCUCUACGUCCUGCUGCUGGCCUUCUGCGCCUGUGCGGUGGGGCUCAUCGCCGUGGGUGUAGGGGCCCAGCUGGUCCUGAGUCAGACCAUUGUCCAGGGGGCCACGCCUGGCUCCCUGUUGCCCGUGGUCAUCAUCGCAGUGGGCGCCUUCCUCUUCCUGGUGGCCUUUGUGGGCUGCUGUGGGGCCUGCAAGGAGAACUACUGUCUUAUGAUCACGUUUGCCAUCUUCCUGUCUCUUAUCAUGCUGGUGGAGGUGGCCGCAGCCAUCGCUGGCUAUGUGUUUAGAGACAAGGUGAUGUCAGAGUUUAAUAAGGACUUCCGGGAGCAGAUGAAGAAUUAUCAGAAAAACAACCACACGGCUUCGAUCCUGGACAGGAUGCAGGAGGAUUUUAAGUGCUGCGGGGCCACUAACUACACAGACUGGCAGACCGUCUCUCUCAUGCCCAAGGGCCAGGUCCCUGACUCCUGCUGCAUCAAUGUCACGAAGGACUGUGGGAUUUCUUUCAAUGUGAAGAAUAUCUACUCUGAGGGCUGCGUGGAGAAGAUUGGGGGCUGGCUGAGAAGCAAUGUGCUGGUGGUGGCUGCAGCAGCCCUGGGCAUUGCCUUCGUGGAGGUACUGGGAAUUGUCUUCGCCUGCUGCCUUGUGAAGAGUAUCCGAAGCGGCUAUGAAGUCAUGUAGGGGUCUGGUCUCUUCAGCCCCUUCAUCUAAGGGAGUGGGAUAGUACACUCCAGGUUUUUCAAUUAAACGGAUUAUUUUUUCAGACUGAAAAAAUAGUCUCAGUUUGUCUCGAA